GGAUGAAAAAUUACUAUAUGGGGGAUGAAUUAUGUGACACUGUGAGUGGACACUGCAUAUUUAAUGGCUUUAUAUAUUUAACCUCCUUAGCGGUAUUCCCGAGUGUAGCUCGGGGUAAAAUUUGAGUACCAAGAGCGGUAACCCCGAGCUACACUCGGGCUUACCAUGCGGCGCUGCUCAGGGAUUCCCUGCAGCACUUACCUUGUCCUUCGCUCCCCGCGAUGUGUCCCCUGCAGCGUCCCCGGCCAUCUCCUC